AUGAGGCGUUCCAAGCUUUUCUUCGUCCUGCUCGCGCUUUCCCUGCUCGUAUCCCUCGCGCUGGCGCCGCAGUGCCGGGCGAAUGAGAUCGACGCGGAAGUCGACGCGGACGAUGACGUCGAUGAUGCCGCCAUUUCCGCCGACGAAGCGCCUGCUGGUCUCGUAGGCAGGCUGUUCGGCGCGAGCAGGCGGUUCCUGUGGUCGCCGCGCAUGCUGUCGUGCCGGUCUGACUGCGAGGACAAGAACAAGAAGUGCAACACGGAUUACAGCAAGUGCAAGCGCGAGAACAAGGACGACAAGCACGACCACCACAAGUGCACGCACAAGUACGAGAAGUGCAAGAAGAAGAUCAAGAAGUGCCGCCGCAAGUGCGACUAA